CUGAUGUUGCCAAUCUUGAACAAUUCACUUUGAUUGCUAGAUACGUUUUUGAAGGGAUUAUUCAAGAAAAACUAAUUUCUCUGGUAACAGCUGAAGAUGGAACGGGUAGAGGAUUAUUUGAAGUUUUUUGUAAUAUUUCUGAAAAAUAUGAUUUGAAGUGGAAAGAACAAUUAUAAGCUCAGUCAUAUGACGGAGCAGCAUCGAUACAAGGCGAAUAUUCAGGUCUCCGCACAAUGAUUCAGCAAGAAAAUCCAAGGGCGAAAUACAUAUGGUGUUUUGCACAUCGCUUAAAUUUAGUUAUCGUAGAUACAGCUGAUUCUAGUGUACACACUAGACAAUUUCUUGGUGAUCUUCAAGCAUUAAUUGGAUUUAUGAGAGCUAGAAAGAGAACAUUGGAGUUUGUUAAGUACCAAAAACUAAUUUAUCCUACUGAAAGAAUACGUAGAAUAAAAUCAUUUUCCACAACGAGAUGGACUUCUCAUGACCGUGUCAUCAUUGUUAUCUUUGAAAAAUAUAAAGCAUUAUAUGCAACUUUAGAAUGUUUACUUAAAUCAACUGACAGAGUAACAUCAUCUGGUGCAAAAAAUUUCUUGAACGUAAUAUCAUCGUUUGAUUUUGUUAUAACAAUGAUAUUAUUAAGAAAAAUAUUUUCAAUUACAACACCACUAUCGAAUUACUUACAAUCUAAAUCAGUAGACUUUAUUGAAGCACUGCGUUUAAUCAAUACUUCUAAAGAACAAUUAGCUAAAAUGAGAAGUGACAAAAAAUA